AUGUCGCAAAUCACAGAUGAGACCAUGCGCGAGGCCAUCAAGGAGCGCCUCGGUGCUGUCCACGUUGAAGUCACAGACAUGUCUGGCGGCUGCGGACAAGCCUUCAACUCUCUCAUCGUAUCCUCCCAGUUCCAGGGCCUCAACUCCCUCAAGCGCCAUCGCCUCGUCAACGCCGCCCUAAAGGACGAGAUCGCCAACAUCCACGCCUGGACCGCAAAGUGCCAGACCCCGGACGAGUACGCCAAGACCAACGAGGCCAACGACGUUGAGAUGCAGUGA